AUGCACUCGGAGUUUUCCGCCGCACAAGUCGCCGCACAGUGCGGCGGUUUGGGUGGUUUUGAUUACCCAUCUCAUAAGGGUAGCUAUGAGUUGAUGGCAGGCGAAAAGGGGGCGAGCGAUAGCAGCGUCGUCGAUAUCAUGUGUGUAAAUCAGGACUCCUUUGUGUUUGCAUGCUCGUACACCUUUCACGGUUCGGCGCUCGCAGGCCCGUACCAUUUUCGCGUCAAUAUCACAAAUGACGAGGGUAACACCGCACUGUCGGAUACCUUCCAAAUCACUCCCGGCUCGUUCGACUGCCUCACGCCCCCACCGCCAAAGUUCAAUAUCAUGUCCACGAGUGACCCUAAUUACCGAUCACUUGUCAUCACAUCUCCCGCUGCUGGCGACGUUUCCAGGUUGGGCGCCGUCAUGUUUGUCAGCUGGGGCUAUGUGCGAAACAACAGGAGAGCUUUCGAAAGUCAAGUAGCUGAUUCAGAUGCCCUUUUCACCCGCCAAACUGCUUUCACGUUGAACUCCACGGGCCUGUCGCCUGGUGCUUGGAGAGUUCGCGGGAAUUACUCGAACGGUUUUGAAAAUGGGGGACAGACGGUAUCCGCUAUCUCAGAUGUUUUCUAUAUUGAAGGGUCGGACGAAACUAAGUUUUGUGAUGGUUUAGGGCAAGGGAGCAAGAGUGCAACAAGAGUGGGGAGCUGA